UGGCAGUACUGUUCUGGGUUUCUUUUGUCCAGUCUUUCCUGGCAGUGAGAGAUGAUGAGAGCGGAGGGCAGCAAAUAAAAGAGGAACUGCACAACAUUUCAGGGUAAACAUCUGUGAUUUUAAUUUGUAUAAUUCACUUCAUUUUAGUGCCUUUGUAAUUUUUUUCACAUGUUAAUCAAAUUUUCAUAUUUUCUGUUGUAGUAUAAUCACUUUUUGAAACUUUGGUACCAUUGAAACAGAGCAUUUGGAGAGUUCAGAUCUGUGGCUUUGGUAUUUUACUAACAUGAUUUUUACUUCUGGCAUUUAUAUUAGCUGUGUUCUUCUCCAGGAGUAGCCUUGAAGAUGGAGAAAGCUGCACUGCUGUUGUUCUGUUGCCUGGUCAUGCCUGUACCGGGUUCACCACUUUAUCCAUCCAUCAGGUAAGACCUAACGCAUGACAGAUUUUGAUUUUCAGCUGCAUGUUUUCUUCAGCUUCUGUAAGUACGAAUAGACUGAAGACUUUUGCUUGUAGUCAGUUUUUAGAGAAAGCCAAACAAUUGAGCACACAGCUAUACACAGAAUAGUCUCAUAGGAAUUAUGAAGUGCUUUUCCUGAAUGGUUGAAGGCUUUGCCGAGCAUGUACUAUUAGGAAUAUGGAUUUGUCAUCUUGUUUAGGUGACGCCUGUUUAAGAAAACGGCUGGAUGUCAGUGUCUGGUCUACAAAAUACACACAGUACAUGAUUGGAACAUGUUGAACCUGGUUGCUCUGCAUGUUUUAGCUUUGCCCUUUGCCCGUGUUAUGCUAAUAAGGGUUAAGGGGUCAGCAUUAAUUGCGGUGUUACAUCAGCGUUAAUCACAAUGUCCUGAGCCAAAACUGCAGAAUACAUAAUUUUACAGACACUGGAGCAUGAUGCAAUGAGACCAAAUAUACUGUUCUUCUUCAAAGACCUUCUGACAUUAAAACUUAGUGGAAUAAUUUUAUCAGUCUCUGCUCCUGGGUCAAGCUAGAAUAAAUUAUCAAAUCAAUAUACUUAUUUGUAUACUUCUGAUUGAGAUAUUUAAGUAUGAUGUUGUACAGUUUUCUAAAUUCUGGUCUUAUUUCUCAGGUUUGGCCAGAUGGACACUUCCAUCCUGAUGACAUCUUCAUUAAAGAGUCCUGAGGAGCAGCUGGAGGAAGACACCGCUGCUUCUUCUUCUGAGGAGGGAGCAGAGAUACGGUCAGUUUGGAUGACUGAUCAAAAAUAUGCCUCAUUUUGAGCUGCUUCAAGCUGCAUUAUCGUAAUUCUACAAAAUCGCAAUACCUGCAGGUUCCCCCUGCUGAAAGCUUUUCCAAAAGUUUUGGGGUGAUUCUUUCAGAUGUUCAGAGUAAAUUUGAAAAAAAUGUAACAAACACAUUUUUGUUAUGAAUCUUGGAAAUCAGGCUCAGUUUUUCUGAGUUUGUCGUCAUGCUAUCAGCUAGCUUUGGGUGAAGUUAACAGCCUGUAUCCUGUCAUUGCUGGUUUACGUAUAUAUUUCAUUUGCCAAUACCCUUUCCUUUAUUCAACAUGGAAUAAGUGAAGUUUAAACCCCAGUGAUAGUUAGUCUUCAGUAAAAUCACCAUAUCACUACUUUUCUCCUGCUUCGACUCCGUAAUCACUUUUGAUACGCCCUCCAUCAUCACUGUGGUGCAUCACUUAGUUCUGCUUGAGGUGGUAGCAGAUCUUUAUCGGUUUUAUUUGACCUGACUGUCAUUGUUCAGACUCAUUUUAUUGUGGAAAUCUAUAUAAGAACAUUUCGAAAGAGUUUACUUGAGAAAAUAUUGGCUUGACCAUCUUUUUUAUGUCAAACACCAUCGAACUCAUCCAAUUUUAAUUAAAAAUCAGAUUUUUUGGUGUUUAUGAAAUAGACUGAAAUUCAUAAUAAUGUCUAUGUAUGAUGUAGAAAAGCAAACAAGGCCAUCAGCGAUAGGAUGGAUGAUUUCUACAUUGUAAUUUUCAAUGACUGUAACUGGUCCGAGGGGGAAGGUGUCAGUGGAGUGGAUGAAAAGCCCAGUUUUCACAUUUUCAGCAUCAGAUAUGUACAUCGCAAGCAGGGGGGAAAGAAUUUUAUAUGCAGUGUAAUAAAUUUCUAAAGUUUGUCCACAGCUCCAUUGGGAUUGCUGCAGGAGGCGGGACUAAUGACCUAUAAUGCAGCGUGUCACCAGAGGGUGCUGUUCUCGCGGUGGCUUCACCCACCUAGGCAGACGGUGUCCAUUCUAUAUACAGUCUAUGGUUUUACUGGCAGCAUUUUUCAAGUAUCAAAUUCCAAAUGGUCACCACAUAAAUCCAUCUCCAGUGAAACAGUGGAGUAUUUUUACCUGGUUCUUUUCCACAAACUCUUGGACUAGUUACGCAUCUAAUCUUACGCUUUAUGCUGGUCAAUGACAAACAAGCUGCAGCCUGUCCUGUCUGUUUCUUGCUCAGUUUUAAGGCUGCUUAAAAAAAUACUGUCAUGUGAUUAACAAACUGAUGUGAACUGUCCAACUUCUGGUUUUAGUUCAGGACGCCACGCUGACGCCAUCUUCACCAACAGUUACAGAAAAGUCCUGGGUCAAAUCUCUGCCAGGAAGUUCCUUCAAACAAUCAUGGGGAAACGGCUGGGGUGGGUAACACAGAAGGAAUAAUGUUACAGUUUUAAUCAAUGAAAAUCCUACAAGAGCAAUGCUGGCAGCUGCUGAUGUUUUUCUUCCACAGAGAUGAAAGUGAGAGCUACGUGAAACGACAGUCAGAUGUCUAUGAAGGGACCUAUAAAGAAGAUCUUACAGCCAUCCAGAGCAACCACAGAUACCGAGGAGUCCACGGAAACAUCAUAAAACCCAGGUAUACAGGUACACCUGGGAUCCCAGCCACAGUACCCAUCUCUAUUGAAAACAGUCAGAAAUUCAGCGCAGAUUUUCCCAGCAUGUCAGGAUUUUUCUAAACUCAGAUUUCUUCUUGCAGACUGCUGAGCUGAGGUCAGUGGAUCAAACUGAUUGGGGACUGCAGAGCUUCUCUCUGCUGCAUUUAUGGACGCCAUCAUUCUCCUUUUUUCUUAUUUUUCCAUUCUGAUAUUUACGGGAAGAAAUGUUUUGUCAUUUUCUAUUUCCAUUAAAGCUGUGAAAAAAAAA